UCUUAUUCCCCUGUCUACGGUCACGCCGCCCCGUUCCCCUCCGACAUCUCCGUCCUCUGCCCUGAUGUCGAACGAACAAUUGCCGUCUCCGUCGAUUUCAAGGUGGCAGUUGCACAAUAGGUCUGCCCACCAUGUCAGCAUAGAGGAAAUCCAAGAGUAUUACAUGGUGGUUAGUCAGACAUUCGGAAGCGAGGAAGAAGGUUUCGAGUUCUAUAACGGGUAUGCUAAAGCCAAAGGGUUCAGCGUGAGGAAGGCAAAUGUGAAAAACAAGGGAGGCAUCAGAACCCAAAGGCUGUACAUGUGCAGCAAAGAAGGGUACAGGUCCAUGAAGAACUUUGAGAGGGUCGAGCGUAAAAGAAAAUCUAGGGCGCUCUCUCGUUGUGGAUGUGAUGCUAGGUUGCAGAUUGAGCUCAAUAUGGAAACUCGUGAAUGGUUUGUGAAGGAGUUCACUGACCGCCAUAACCAUAAAUUAGCUAAGCCUGACCAGACACCUUUCUUAUGGUCUCAUCGUGGGCUGAAUGAUGUUCAAAAAGCUGACGUCAUUGAGUAUGGUAUUGGUGGCCUUCGGACUCAUAAGAUAAUGGAUGUAAUGGAGAAGCAGCAUGGUCAUUACAGUAAGGUUGGGUUCGUGUCUCGGGAUCUGUACAAUUUUAUUGCCGAGUACAAGAAGCAAAGGAUUGAAGGUUUUGAUGCUCAAUAUAUGCUGAACUAUAUGGCAGCGAGACUAGAGAGUGAUUCUGAAUUUUUCUACAGGUAUAGCACAUUAGCACCGAUAGUGAGGGUCAUCUCGAAAACAUUUUUUGGGCAGACGCGCAGUCCCGGUUGGACUAUGAUGCAUUUGGUGGUGUUGUCGUGUUUGACAGCACGUACCGUGUGA